UUGACUACCUACUAUGAGGGUGGCAAUUCUCAUGACUUCUCACAUCCUUUUUGUGAGAUAAAUAUUACCUUCCCAGUUUUACAGAUGGGAAAAAAAAGGCUUGGGAGGACUAGAAAUACUUGCUAAAGUUGGUCAUCAAGUAGGCAACUGAAGUAGGAUUUGAGCAGCUGCAAUUUCCACAACUCUGUCACUGUCAUAAAACCUCCAAAUGGCUUGCUCUAAAGCAGUCAAGUAAAACUUGGGAAGCAACCAAAGAGGGUUGACUGAGGAGUCGGAAAUACUAGAGGGAUAUGCGGUGGGGGAGGAGAGGGGAAGUGUCCGCAGAGAUGCUGCAGGUGAGUGUACACCUAGGCAGAGGAGCGCGCGGCAGAAGAGAGCGGCGGCGGGUGGUGCGGGGGAUGGCGAGGCGUGAGAGGUGACUGAGGGCAUCCCUCGACUGCUCCAGGACUGAGUACGGGGAGGUGCCCCGCUCUAACCUCUUCCCGGCCCGGCCCGGUUAAUCAUUUCCUGACCCUCCUUCCUCCUCUCUCCCAGCCCGCAGGAUUGCCACAUCAACCUCCCCCCUCCCCGCCUCCUGGCCUGUUGCUCCUUCGCCGGGUUUUACAAGGAGCCCCAACUUUGAGGCAUUUUCUAACAGCCCGGGACGCCCUCAAGGCCGUUUCCCGGAGAGGUCGCAGGCUCGCUUGGGUGUAGCGCUUGCCCUAGCGGCCUCUUGAGGCUUGCCCUAUGCUCUUUUUUGGACUGAGAGGUCAGAGAGGCGGGAUCCAAUCCCGGCGCGGAUUAACUAAUUAAAGGCUCGGUUUCCCCUGCGGUAAAAAGGGAGGAUGGUAACAGCCCCUGGCGGGGUGGUGCGCGGUUGAAAUGAGGUAUUGUGUGUUAAGUACCUGGCUAGGAGACAGCAGUGGGUGUUUAACAAACGUUAGAUCCCUUCCCUUUUUAUCACCUCAUCACCGGGACCGCCCGCUCAGCAAACCUAGGUUACAGCUAUCUCGCUUAAACUUAAACUGGACGUUGAGAUCUGAAUGUCCUGAUCCUAUGCUCGAGGUAAUGCCAAUAGUGAUUCAUAGUGACAGGGUUUGAACCCCGGUUCACGAUCGCCCCCGCCAUCUCGCACCUAAGUGGCUGGCUAAGGCCACAUGUCUAGAACCUAGUCCAGAACUAGAACCCGGUCAGUAUGGUACCUGCCGCAGGGAGUAGACCACUAAACCAGUACUGCUCUGGGACCCAUGCAGCCCGCUGGGCCACCAGGGGCCAGGCCUUUAACCUCUCUGAGUCUGAGCCACAGUGUGUAAAGUGGGGGCUCUCUGUCUGCCCGUGUGGUUUUUAUUUUCUUCUUCACACUUUCUUUCGUGACCAGAUUUUCUACCCCGGUGUAGUCAGACCAUCUCAUUACGCUGGAUCAGUGUUUUCUGACUGCGAGCGCUCGCCCAGGGCGGGGAAAAAGCAGCGGACCGGCCCGGUGUGCCCCGGCUUGGCGCCCCACCCUUCUCGGGGCCGGGGAAAGUCGCGGCUGCUCGGGGCAGCGGAGUUGGGAAAGUCACUUCCGAGCGCAGUCUGACUCUGGGCCACCCGCCUGUGAGCGCGCGGACCCCACCCAGCUGGGGAAGACGGGGGCGGGGCCGGGCCUGGAGGCGGGGCCUGCCCAGGGGCGGGGCCGGGCCGGCUUGGGAAGACGGAAGCCCCCAACCUAGGGGUGGCGGCAGGACCCGGAUCCCGGAGCACCACGUUUUCUGGAGCCGGACAUCUGGAGCCGGCGGGAGAGAAAACCCGGCUCCCGGAAGCUUUUGCUUUCUUUGACGCAAGGGCUCGGGACGCAGCCGCCGUCGGCCGAGCGCCGGGCUAGGAGCGACCCCAGACGGAGUCUUCGGAGUUCCUCCGCCCCCGCCUCGCCGGGUCCCGGAGCCUCAGUCCUCGCAGCUCUUCUGGUGGCCAUGGAGUGUCCGCACCUGAGCUCCAGCGUCUGCAUCGCUCCGGACUCAGCCAAGUUCCCCAACGGCUCCCCGUCGUCCUGGUGCUGCAGCGUGUGCCGGUCCAACAAAAGCCCCUGGGUCUGUCUGACUUGUUCAGGUGUCCACUGUGGAAGGUAUGUGAAUGGCCAUGCAAAAAAACAUUAUGAAGAUGCACAAAUACCCUUAACCAACCAUAAGAAAUCAGAAAAGCAAGAAAAAGCACAGCACACGGUGUGUAUGGAUUGCAGUAGCUACAGUACAUACUGUUAUCGCUGUGAUGAUUUUGUGGUUAAUGACACCAAGCUGGGACUGGUACAGAAAGUCAGAGAACACUUACAGAACUUGGAAAACUCAGCUUUCACAGCUGACAGGCACAGGAAAAGAAAACUUUUGGAAAACUCAUCACUGAACAGCAAGUUACUAAAAGUAAAUGGCAGCACCACUGCCAUUUGUGCCACGGGCCUUCGGAAUUUGGGGAACACGUGUUUCAUGAACGCCAUCCUUCAGUCGCUCAGUAACAUUGAGCAGUUUUGCUGUUAUUUCAAAGAACUGCCUGCUGUGGAAUUACGGAAUGGGAAGACAGCAGGACGGCGAACGUACCACACCAGGAGCCAGGGGGACAACAACGUGUCUUUGGUGGAAGAGUUUAGGAAGACACUCUGUGCUUUAUGGCAAGGUAGCCAGACUGCAUUUAGCCCAGAGUCCUUAUUUUAUGUUGUUUGGAAGAUUAUGCCCAAUUUUAGGGGCUAUCAGCAGCAGGAUGCCCAUGAGUUCAUGCGCUACCUGCUAGACCACCUGCACUUGGAACUCCAGGGUGGUUUCAACGGUAUUUCCCGCUCAUCAAUUCUGCAAGAGAAUUCUACUCUGUCUGCAAGUAACAAAUGUUGCAUAAAUGGAGCAUCUACGGUUGUCACAGCUAUAUUCGGAGGCAUUCUCCAAAAUGAAGUUAACUGUCUCAUAUGUGGGACAGAAUCUAGAAAGUUUGAUCCAUUCCUAGACCUUUCAUUAGAUAUUCCAAGUCAGUUCAGAAAUAAGCGCUCUAAGAAUCAAGAAAAUGGACCAACUUGUUCAUUACGAGAUUGCCUUCGCAGCUUUACUGACUUGGAGGAACUUGAUGAGACAGAGCUAUACAUGUGCCACAAGUGCAAGAAGAGACAAAAGUCCACCAAAAAGUUUUGGAUUCAGAAACUACCCAAGGUGCUAUGCUUACAUUUGAAAAGAUUUCAUUGGACAGCAUAUUUAAGAAACAAAGUUGAUACAUAUGUAGAAUUUCCCCUGCGAGGCCUAGACAUGAAAUGCUAUUUACUAGAGCCCGAGAACAGUGGCCCAGAGAACUGCCUGUACGACCUCGCCGCUGUGGUGGUGCACCAUGGCUCUGGGGUCGGUUCUGGACAUUACACAGCAUACGCAACUCACGAAGGUCGCUGGUUCCAUUUCAAUGACAGUACUGUAACACUGACCGAUGAAGACACCGUGCUGAAGGCCAAGGCCUACAUCCUUUUUUAUGUGGAACGCCAGGCCAAAGCUGGAUCGGACAAACUUUAAUACCUCCUCCAAAUCAUUAUUUGUCAACUAUACCGGACAGACAUUUCCAAUUUUCCAUAAAUACUUGAUCUAAGAUUUAAUUUCAUUAUGCACUUUUCAGUUUCCUGUUUUGGGUUUAGUUUUAUUUUGUCAAUGGUAGUGACUUAUUGAACAUGGGCACCAACUAAUUUUUUUUUUUUUUUUAGUUCUACCAGAAAACCUCAGCAGAUAUUUUGAUUUGCUGCUUUAGUUGUAAUAAUUCAGUUUUUAUAUGUAGUUUCAAGAACUUAGUUCUAUUUGACUUUUUUAUAUUAAUGUUCAGUUCUCACUUUGAGGCACAUUUACAUCAAUGCUUUGUUACUCUCAUAUGCUGAAAGCGAGAGAUGUUCGUGAUUGUGAAGAGCAAUGUAACCACCUGCUGCCUUCUCACAGAUCCAAGGGAGAUCAGGGUGGCUCUAAACCAAGUUAUCAUCUGUGCUCGUAAAUUUGUGGCUCACAAGAGUUCAGUGACUGCUCAGUAAUCAUUCUUUCUGCUUGUAAAAGAGAACAGGAAGGGCAUCAUUAAAUAGACCAGGUGACUGCUGCUCUUGAUCUCUCUCAAAGGUGCUGUUUAUCAGCACUAACUAAAUAAAUCGGUUGAUUCAGUUGUACCUACAUUGCAAAUUCAAGAAUUACUUUUUUUGUUUGUUUGUUUGGGGGCACUUUCAUAGAUGAGAUAGGGGUACUGAACAGUCCAAAUAAGACCAAAUACACUUAAAAGUGUUUCAAAAAUUCUGUGGCUCAGCUCCAUGUUAUCUAAGUGUUAUUUAUCCAGUGUGAAGAAACUGGAGUGUCGUGUUUGCCUUUUUGAGUCAGCACCUAAUUCCCCCAUUGGUUGUAGCACUGGGAUUAACUGCAUGUCCACUCUGGUCUUACUUCUUAUUUGGCCACCAGAGGUUGAGAUGCUACCUUCCAAAGUUGAUUCUGACCAUCACCUAAACUUCGGGUAACACUGUGGAGUCCACAGGAGGAAACUAAAGUCUUUAAGUUUUAACAACUCUUUAAACCUCUCACUGGCCUAUCCUCAUAGCAGAGCAAAUGAAAAUAUUUUCACUUUGAAUAAGUAGAGUUUUUGUUGUUGAGCUUAGCAGUCUUUUGAAAUUGUUUUCAAGAAAAGUAGGCACCAGCACUGCUUAGCUUUAAUUCAGAUUGAAAUCUGGAACCAGAAUCCCAUCUAAUGAAGCUUCCUGUGCUUUCCUCAAGUGUCUGAGUCAGCCUGCUGAUCUUGGGGUGCUGGUGCACAGCGUGCAAAUUAGUGAGAGGAGGAGGGGCUCCAGCUGGGCCUGUGCGAUAGGACCACGCACACUGUCAUGUUCGCUCCUUGUUCCAGUCGGUAUUUUCCUCUUGUCCCAGUUCUCUACAAGUUGUUACGGGGGGCAGAAUGUAGUUAGUUUAUGUUAAGCCAGCCAAUCAGACUUUCUCAUAUUUUUUUCUGUUAAAAAAAAAUGGUCCAGAUUUUAAGUGUAUGGAUGUAAAAUAAAGUUGAGUGGCACUCCCCCUAGCUUGGAUAUUUGAAGCUGCGGAAGCAGAGCUGCUCCAUUCCCACUUUAAUAUUAGCUGGAAAAAUCCCACAUUUUCUCAGAGCAGAACACACCUGCUAAACCGUUUAAAAUAACUAGGAGCAAAUUAUGUCUGAACGUCUACUGUCCAAUACAGUGGUCACUGGCCACGUAUAGUUAAGUGUUGAUUUUAAUUAAAAAUAUAUUGAAAACUCAGUUCUUCAGUCACACUGGUCAUGGUUCAAGUUCUCAGCAGCCACUCGGCACAGGCCCACCUAGGGCUGGACGGUUCCACCUGUGGGCGGAGCUUUCAGAUGGUGCUGGUCUACAGUUUCACUCCAGAGAAAAAAGCUUUGCCAUCAUGUAGAGAUCUUACAACUUAGAGAGCCCAGAAGAUAAAAUUAAGAGGAAAACAUGUAUUUAAAACAGUUUACAAUGGUAAAUUACAUAUGUCGAGCCACAACUUUUUGAACUACAAAAAUGACAAUUUCACAUAACUUGAUCUACUGUAUCAGUACAUUAACAUCACAUGACAUUGAACUAGAAAUGUGCGUCUCCUCUGACCUCGCUCCUAUGAAUCCAGUCUCUCUUGCUUAGAAGAUACACAGCGCUAACUUGUAACAUUUGCACUUAGAUCACUAGUCUCUGCAUGGGCAGCAGUUAUAAUUCCAACAAGAAAGCCUCGGGCAGUGUUCAUGGAGGAAAAUGGCCUCUACCAAAUGGAACUUACAACAGACUAGACUGCUUUGUUGGGGAAAGUGGUGCUUACACAGGCAACAUGUUGGCUUAAGAGAUGAACACACUUCCUCUAUUGAAUUUUGCAGUGUUUCUAUCUCUUCAUUUGAUUAAAGCAGACAUGCCUGAAGGAUACCAUGAAGAUUCUUUGGAAAAGCGACUGGAUCCAUGUGAACUGUGCACUUGAACACCGGUGAUGUAAAUGUGCCUAUUUUUAUUUUGAAAAUUUAACUGUGCAGCCUUAUCACGCCUGUUUCGAAAGCUGACCUUCGUGCUCUUCAGGGCUGUUCCCUGGUGCCGUGCUGCCUCUGGCACGUGUGUGGCUUCCCACUCAGAGAGCAGUGCUCAGGCAGCGCCUCGCGCCGAGUCACAGGGCUCCUCGGAACAAAACUUCCUCAAAAGUCCUCCCACACAGGUGGGUGACAGAAACAGUUUGUGGCAACACAAAUCUCUCUCCAUGGUGGAGAAAACCUUUGCUUAUCCACUGGAUUCUACUCAGUGUCUAGUGAUGACAAAUGUGACAGAAUUAGACCAGUAAAGUGUAUGGGCCUGGUGAAGUGUUAAAUGUGUAUCUCACCUGUGGAACCUGCUCAGCAGCUUGGUUUCUAGGGUUGGGGACAUAUUUAUUUCUCCAAGCCAAACCUCUCCAUUGGUUCAGUAUGUGUACAUAUGUCUGUUUAGAUACACUUAUCCCACUUCCACCUCUGCCGUCCCCUAAACUCUCACGUUCCCUUUGUAGCUGAAGUGGCCUCUUCACGUGGGCCCUGGAGAAGCUCCUGAGCAAAGUCUGUUUCUGCAGCCAGGAACAGAUAAGGGGGACCAGAGCGUGGCCGCAGGAGGGUGCCCACAGCGCAGGAAGGAGUGGGAGUGGGUGGCAUCAUGCUGUAGUCCAAGGUCCGUGCAUCACCUCGCUGGGUGAGGACCUUCCCCCUCAGGUCUGACUGCGAUGGACUUCAGACUUCCCUCUGCAGGUGUUGGUUGUGUGAGAGGUAAUCAUUUCCGCUGAAACCUAAUUUGUAUGAUGCUGAGCGGAUUACUUGUGCGAGUGAGUGAUUUAAGUUGUAAUCACAGCCCUUUUCUGCUUCACCAACCUGAACUGUUUUAUGGAAAGUAUCAUUAAAGAUCUGGUCUCUUC